CGAUUUCCAGUAUUGACAUAGUUAAAGCCCGACUAGCAGGUUGUGUCGCCAAUUGCUGUAAGGAUGUCUCGUCAACAGCAGGUUAUACGUGCAGCAUGUCUCUGGUUCCUAUGUGUGUUUGCAUACAGGACUCAGGCGGUGUGUACCACACAAGAUGGCAAACUGUCCGAAGGAAUCUCAGUUGACAUUCCUCACUACGUCGCCGACUUCCUUCUGAUACGGAGGAAGGGAGACCAUCCAGAUAUCGGCCACAUGUCGUUUCCUUCAACCACUGUUACCCUGUUCAAACCAAUAUUUCAGAAGGCAUUUCUUCACAAGGUUCUCGACCUACACAAUGACAUAAAGCAUAUGAGGGUGUGGUCAGGUUCCCGUUACGUCACCCUCAUGGACAUGUGUUACCGUCAGACUAACGUCUCCAAGAAGUGCGUCACACCCUCAUUACUACAGUACUACCAGGGAGUGCAUAAAAACAUCGACAAACUGAAGAUGGAUGAUUAUCACUUCUAUAUCGAGGCUGACUACCUUGACCACUUCCUUAGCUGUGCAAGAAACCCAGCUGCUGCAAACGAUGGCACCCGGCUGAACAUGUCUUGUAUUUCAACUUACAACGAACCAGUGCCAGCACCAACUGUUCUUUGUGGGUAUACAGGCGAUCAAUUCCACCGAUCCACCCAUCUCAUUCUCACCUACAUUUUCCGUGACCCUAAGCUGUCGAAGACGUCACGGAAGUGGCAGAAAGGGUUGAUGCGGAUGGUGAAGAGUGCUAUCAGUCAGGGCAUGGACAUACAUGUGUAUGAAUCGGGGUCCGGCUACACGAGAGGUCCACUGAAGCUAUGAAAUCUUCAUUAUAAGACCAAUCACCUUGAAACAUGUGAACAAUUGGGUUUCUUCCCUAUUGUCUCCUGAACUUCUAUUGUUCAUAAUGUACUGAGCUACACUGGUAAUAAAGGUUGAAUUGAGA